AUAAACACGAGGAAGUAGCCUUAAAAGGGGCGUGUAACGUGUUUCAUGGCUUGGAGAAAUACUACUGAUGGAAAAAACGCAAAGGAAGCAAUUUAUGGCGUACAUAAUAGCACAGUGAUACGGAUCGAUGAGAAUGUUUUGUUAUUUAGUACGAUGUAUCGCUUGAUGUUGAUGGCUUAAGCUUGUAUCGUAUCUUGUUACGCGUACCUAAAGGUGUCAUUUUCUCAUGAUGCGAUUUGUUUUAUGACCCCGUUAUGCCUAUGCUUGUAGGUUAUAUUUCCUGUUUAUUUGCGGUUUAAGCCAUAAUUUUGCAUCUGCAGCAAUGUGACAUUGAUAUAGGCCCUAUAGUAUUAUAUUAAUCUUAUAUUAAAAUAUAAUACAGUUACAGGGGUGUAAAGAGUACCCGAAAACCAUACUUGAUUUAAAUUACAGAUACCUUACAAUGUAAAUGACUCCAUUACAAGUCAACAAUUCCAAUAUGAUUUGAGUAAAGUUCUUAGAGUAUCUGAUUUAACAGUACUUAAGUAUUUUACUCGCACUGAAUGUAGGCUCAAAGAUACACUAGUCCUCAACACCUAAGAGACAUGCCAGUGAAGAAACAGUUGAUGAGGAGAUAAAUCAUGUUUAUUUUCUAAAAAAAAAAAAACAACUUCAAAAUUGCACUAAAUCACACAACUCAAAAAGGGAAUAAGUAAACCAAUAUCAUUCAAAAAGGUCUCUUCAAUAUGACAGAUCAAUUAUUGUUAAGUAAAAAGAAAUAGCCAAAGGUUUUGGCCUCAUCACUAGCUGCAGACUAGCCUCAUCUCAUAUAUGAAACACCUGUGAUUCACAACAACCUGCUAAUGCUCCCGCAUUGGUGUAAAGUAGCCUUGUUGACAAGUUUGGGCUGGUGCAUGCUCAUGGCUGGAUAUGCAUCAUUUUAUUGGGGAUCUUAUGGCAGCAAGUGCUUCAGUCUCUGGUCAUCCACUGAGAGAGCAACGUACUGAGGAGGCACUGAGUUCCGCAUGGCCCAAAGUCUCUCAUCCUCCUCAGUCUACCCCAUCCAGACAGAGCCAGGUGAAAAGUGCUGUUCGGUUUGGUCUGCAUUCUGAGGAAAGGGAAAGGGAGCCCAGAGAUCAUGAAAGCCAUGUUCAGCAUCGUACCUGCACAUGUCCUGGCUGCCCUCUUUCCACAUCUUCUUCUAGUUCCUCAAUCCAGACCCUGAAACCCAGAACCAGCCCGGCCUCACAGAUCCAACCACCUUCGCCCCUACGAUCCACCCCAUCAGAGCAGGCCAAAGACCCCAGCCCUGCCCAAGUUGGCCUGGGUUUGUGUCUAGGUUUGGGUCUCUCUCUGGAAGAGGAAAACAGAGAGCCCAGCAGCACAUCUGGUCACCCCCAGCAGGAGGACAAAGGCACUAGCACACACAGCCCAAUCCCUCAGGCAAAUCCCGAGUCCCCAGGUGCCUCACCUGUUCAGGCCUUUGCAUGUCUAUGCUGCCAUCGUGGUUUGCAAACCUGUAGCCAACUUCUACGCCAACAAAAGGACCCAGAGGCACAAGUUGCCCACCACCACUACCAUCACCAUCACUGCCCGCUCACCUCCUGCACAUCGUGUACGCUCCCCUCGUUCCCUUGCCUGUCCUGUCAGCGCACAUUCCCCACUUGCGCCGAGCUCCUGCGGCAUCAGCAGGGCCACGCUCAACAGGAGGGCUUGCAGCAGCUCCCGUGCAUGCACUGCAAUGCCUCUUUUCCCCGGCCGUCGCAACUACUGCAGCAUCAGCGAACGCAGCACGCAUCCAAAGCGGGCGGCUUCCUGUGCGGCGAGUGCGGACGAGCGUUCAACUCGCACAGCAAUCUGCGCAUUCACCUCAACGUGCACACCGGCGCCCGACCGUAUAGCUGCACCGACUGCGGCAAGAGUUUCAGCCAGUCUGGGGCACUUAAAAUUCACCGCCGAAUUCACACCGGAGAGAGGCCGUACACCUGUUCUUAUUGCGGGAGGGGUUUCCCUCACCUGGCUGGGGUAAGAGCGCAUCAGCGAAUUCACACGGGGGAGAAACCAUACCGCUGCGGUCAGUGUGGAAAGUGCUUUACUCAGUCUGGGGCUCUGAAGAUCCACACUCGCAUCCACACCGGCGAGAGGCCUUUCGUGUGCGGCCUCUGUGGAAAGAGCUUUUCAAACCGUUCCGGCAUCCGCUUUCAUCACCGCACGGUUCACGGGAUCGUGACGGAGCCCAACUCUGUGGGUAGGCCUAGUCUGGCUGCUUCUGCGUCGUCCACAAUUUCAGAAUUCCAGAGAAUUCAAGCCUCCAGUCUCAACCAGAUUCAUCUCCGGCAAAUGGAAAGGAAGAGUCCACCCAGUAAAGAUCAGUUAAGUGGGGAUGGGGAUAAAGCAGCCCUUCCGUAUGCCUGCGAGGACUGCGGACAGCGUUUUCCAGAUGCUCCGUCUAGAAACAGACACCAGACUUUGCAACAUUACUCUUCGGAAGAGAGAGAGAAGGAAGAGAUCAGCUCAGAUAAAACUAAAGAUUAGCCAACAACAGCGGACAUUUCAGACUCUUUGUAUUUCAAAAGAAGGAAGAGGACGGAAGGAAAGGGCAACUUUAAUAUAUAAUGUAAUAAGUCAGGUAUUGAGCCUGAAACAUAAACAAGGCAAGAGCUGAUGUCAGCCUCCUCACACUGACUAUCUGCUUGUUAUGUCGUGACACAAGAAAUACUGUUUCUUGGUCCAAGGAACUAUAUGUUUCAGUUGAGAAUACCAUCUCAACAGCCGUUUAUGAGCGCUAUUUAUUCAUAUCAUACAUUUAAGUGAAGUUUUUAAAAAUGUGUGGUGUACACUACUAUCUCUGGGCACACAAUGUCCCAGGCACCAAUAUUUUAACAAUUCAUAAAAGAUGAAUCACUGUCUGGCCAUCUGAGAUUUCGGUAUGGAGAUAAAGGUUAGGAUUGUGAUUGUUUAGUAGUCUAACAGCACACUAUGAGUUAGCACUGUUUGUUGUUUGCUUUUGCCAUUUCAUGAGCAUUUGGACCGAGAAAUGGGGAUGCGUGAUGUCAGGUUUAACAAGUGAAAUCUUGUUUUGGAUUCUUUUUCUUGUUAGUUGUGCCUCUAAAAAGCUAAAUUGAGACAAACUGUAUUGUGAAAUGGCACCUUAAACUUUAAAUCAGUAGCUUUGCCUAUCAGCAUAAAGGUAUUUACGUAUACGUUACAAAACCUGGGGCCAGUUGCGUUAACAUAGCCAUUAUGUUAAGAUAGUGUCUUUAAGAUGACACACUAGCAGUCAGUUUUACUUUUUGCUAUCAAAUUAGGCUGAUCUAUUUUUUUAUGUAACUGACUUUAAAAAGUUAUGAACAGUAUUAAAGAAAAAAUGUGAUGACUAACUUGUAAGACUAGCCUUAGCGGUUCAUGCAACUGACCCCUGUACUAGUUUUUCCACCAUCAGGCCGAACAGUUACCAGAAAGCAAAGGGAAGAAAGCUAGGUUUACAACUGACAAGCGACCAGUCAUAAGUCUCCAUGUCAAUAAAACCAUUCAACUUGAUUGAUUCUCCUGUCUUGAGUACGGUUAGCUAAAUGUGCUGAGAAAUCCAAGUGUAGGAACGGAUUGUGAUCGUACUGUAUCAAAUGCUACUUGUACCACUCCUGGUACCACUUACAACCAUUCGGCAUGAUAGUGGAAAAGUGUUUUAUUUUAUAUUUUAGCACUUUGUAUGCAUGUGUAAGAAUUUUGUAGUUUUGCAAGGUUUUUUUUCUUCCUUUUAAUAUUUCUGUUUAGUGUUCAAAUGAACUUCUAAUACUCUUUUGAUGAUGAACCGGAUUAUUAAGAAAAUGUUCUGAUUGGAUAAUUUCUUUGGUUUUAACAUAAGGGGAAAUGUAGGCCUAAAAUAGACAGAGAAAGUUGGCUGAAGUAAUAGUGCCUUUCUUAAUGGGAAUCUUGCAAAGCACUUGCAAACCAAGACAAAUAUUUCGAUUCUGGCCAUAGCAUAGCAAAAAUGAAAUAUGGCCAUCAGUUGCUACAACUGUUCUAUAAAUAUGGUUUUAAAUUAAAUUAAGCUCUCGCCAUAUUUAAAAGCAUUUCCGAUUGUGUGGGGGUGAAUAUUAUGACAUCAUUAGGACAUGUAAUGUACCUGCCAGGUGUUUCUUACUGUAUAUGUGCAGGGACUGACAAUACACAACGCUGCCAUUUUCACAGCUGGUCAAAGGUUUGUUGUAAAAGAUAUCUAAUAAGAUAUAUGUACCUCUGUAUUAUUGCUCAAAAUUAAAGUUUGGCAAAACUGUAAUGGGAAAAGUAUUCUCCAUUAUUGUUGUGUCCAUUUUGUAUCUUUAGCAUUACACCGUUGGUAUGUGAACCCUCCUUAUGUGGUGUUGUGAAAGUGGUUAGCCAGUUAUAAAGGUCAAUGAUUGUAACCUCUCAACCCAGAGCAUCAGACAGUUUUUGUACAUCUGUCAGUUCAGCUCAUGUCUACAUGUCCAUUGUGUUCACAUACUGUACCAACAAAAAUAAAUGUUUAUGGACCUUA